AUGAACACGUCUUCGGCUCCCAAUCUGACCGAAAUCAUUUCGGAAUGUUUUUCGACGCUCCAGAAGAACAUUGAAUCGAUUAAAAUGCAACAUUCGACCGACAAUAUCAUCAUCGAGAGACUCGUGGCGAAAGAAAAAGAAGUCUGGAAACUGGCGGAGCAGAAGAAUGAAGCGGAGAAGAAAGUGACGGAGCUGGAGAAGAAGGUCGAGAUGCUCGAGGAUCGGGUGAGCGAACUGCAGUGGGAGAGGAAAGAAGAUCGCGAGAAAAUGAGGAAGGACGAGGAACACUUCAUGAACAGAAUGGCCGAGAUGACGGACGAUCUGAGGGAGGCGCAGGGACAGUGCUUCGAGAAGGACCAGAUAUUGGGCAUCCUCCGGGACCGCCUCCAGAAGAUCGGCAACUCGGAGAGCCGCAACAUCCUUCUCUUCCAGCAGAAUCAGGAAUUGCUGGAGGGAAUGAGGGAGUUGAAGGAGAAGAAUGCACGCAUCGAAGCGAAGUGUGCAGAAAUGAAAACGAACGAGACAAUCCUCCAGGAGACGUUGGAGAAUUCGGAGAAGCAAAUGGUGACGAAGAACGAGGAACUGAGGGAGAAAGUGGAAGCGAUGAGACGGAAGGAGGUGACGAGCAACUCGAUCCGAUUGGAGCUGGAAGAAGAACUGAGAGAAGCGACCGCAGCACUCAAACGAAUGGAAAUGAGAAAGGGGAAAGAGAUGGGAACGGGAGAAGAGGAAGAGGAAGAUGUGAUGAGGAAGAGUCAGUUGGACACGAUCCAGGAGGAGGAAGAGUACGAAGAGGAAGACGAGGGAUUCGUCAAGAUCAAGCGACAGCGACAGUGA